AUGGAGAACACUGAACAGGCCACCAGCCCCGAGGGCGCGUCGAGGGUCCCAACACGGGACACAUCUCGGGUCCUCUCCAGAGACUAUGCUGAGCAGAACCUGUCGAGAUCGCCAUCCCAGAAUCAAUCUCGUGCCAGAUACACCGAAUUCAAUUUUGGCCCAGCAAGUCUCCGUCAUCGAAUCAGCAGCUUAGGAACGAGUCCGAAUCCAAGUCCAGGCCCAGCACGAACUUGGGGAAGAGAUUAUGCCGAGUCUAGCAGAAGAUCGGUUGCCAUUGCUGCGCCUUCGGCACGAGGCGAUGCCACUGAUACUGCCUCCCGCAAAUUCUCUUUGGCAGGUCCAGCACCCUUGGAUACUUUGGCCGCCAAUCAGCCAUACGUUGAUCCGGGAUACACACAACUGAACCCCGCUUAUGAUCAGCCAGUGAACGUGAGACCCGUAUGGGGCCUGGCCAAGCCCUUGCCUCGUGUGCUGAGACCUGGCAUGGUUCCAGCGAAGGACGAGCUUGAGAAGGAAGUCCAAGAAGAAGAAAGAGAGGACCAGCAGCCAGUGACGGCAGAUAUCGAAGCUGGCAGAAUUGAACCCUCUCUCAGGCUGGACAAGGUAUCGUCCCAAUUAGACACUAUCAGACGCGAGCGAGAAAUAUCUCUAUACCGAUCCUAUCAGAACCAGUACCAAGAAUCGCCAGCGUUUUCGCCCUUUGCGGCAGGUCGAAGAGCUUCAGAGGUGCCAACCGAAACACCAUACACUCGGAUUCGACCAGAAGAUACGAUUGAGGAAGAAGCCGGCUCCGAGCCCCAUCAGGCGGAGGAACUCGAGCCGCCAGAACUGUCACUACCCGAAGCAGUUGCAAGCGUGAAGCAGGCAAGGGAGGAAGAGGAAUUGAAAGAAGUGCCCUAUCAAGAUGCGGUUCCUUUGACAGCUUACCAGGCCGAGGAUGAGGAGAUCCACAACCUGCAUACAUAUUGGUCGAUUAUCCGGCUACGCUUUCGAGAGCCAUUGGCCGAGCUCCUAGCGAUCAUGGUUCAGUACACGCUCGGAUUCAGCGCUAACCUGUCAAUGACUGUCUCGCGUGGCGCAGCUGGUGCCAACGAUACAGGAGCCUGGGCAUGGGGCCUUGCGACCAUGAUCGCCAUCUACAUUGCCGGCGGGAUAUCCGGCGCUCACUUGAACCCCGCUAUAUCACUAAUGCUCUACAUUUAUCGGGGUUUUCCGUUGCAAAAAAUGCCCAUGUAUAUCGCGGCACAGAUGCUCGGUGCUUUCCUUGCAGCUUUGAUUGCUUUCAGCAUCUUCCGGCCAGGACUCAACGCUCUAGAACUAUAUUUGGCGCAAGAACCAGAACGCCUCUUGGUGGAACAGAAAUCAAUUGGAGGCUUUGCCUCAGCUUCAGCUUUACCGCAGGCUUCUGCGAUAUCAACCGUGGUCUUGUCCAACUUCCUUACCUUCCCACGCGCACUCUGGGUCGACUACGGUGCAGCAUUCCUUGCCGAACUCAUGGGUACAGCCAUUUUGACUAUUUCGGUGCUCGCAUUGGGCGAUGACACCAAUGCUCCUCCUGGGGCUGGAAUGAACGCCUUCAUAGUCGGCCUGCUGAUUACAGUCCUCGGUAUGGCAUUCGGUUAUAUCACUGGCCUAGCUAUGAACCCGGCUCGCGACUUUGGUCCCCGCCUUGCCAUGCUCACCCUCGGCUACGGAACUCCCAAAACCCUGUUCGCAGACGGAUACUGGCUCAAGGUGGCUUGGUUAGGACCUAUUUCUGGAGCAAUUUUAGGGGGGUUUCUUUACGACGCGGCGAUCUUUGUGGGCGGUGAGAGCCCUGUGAACUAUCCUACAAGACGGAUUCGACGGGCUGCCCGCAAGUGGAGGAAGCGAUGGAAGGCGAGAAUGAAUUUCAGACGUGCAAAACGUGAGGCUUAUAUGCCAAGGGGUUAG